AUGUCUUCUACCUUGCCCAAUGGCGAUAAUACAAACCCUACAAUAAGUCAUUCAUCAAAUGCCACUGAUACGGAAUUGCCCAACCCAAACGUUUCCCCAGGCGCAACUGAACAAAUUGCAAAAAAAUCGUUACCAAUAAUUUCAAAUUUGUCUUCAGAUAGCUUGCCAAUAUCAAUAUCAAACUCCCUUGAACUAAAUCUAUCUUACCCCAAAAUCAACCCCGAAUUUCAGUACAAUAAACAUAACGAGUCGAUAUACGACGAUGAAAAAAUAUUCCCAUGUCUCCCUACUGAUAAUAGGGAAGAGGAGAACUUGGUCAAAUACGAAGAGCGAAAUGCAGAAUUGGUUAUCAACCAUGCCACAAUUAAAGCUCUUAUAGUUCAAAUGACAUCCCCAGAGGUUAUAGACUAUGGACUUAUAUGUGACUUUUUCCUUACAUACAGAAUGUUUUCGAAUAGCGAGCAGGUUAUGAACUUGCUUUUGAUUCGACUAAUCUGGUCGUUGCAAUACAUCAACUCUGAUAUUGCUGCCAAUCAAAAGAUUGGAAAACUGGCUUUACUUAGAACAUUUGUUGUACUUAGACAUUGGAUCAUCAAUUAUUUUGUUGACGACUUUGAUAGCAAUUACCAACUAUGCGACCGGUUUUCAACUUUUCUUGAUAGCUUGAUAUUCGAGUCUAAUCUAAUGCUUGAAAGCGAAUUUAAAAAUAAUAUCGAUGUUUACAUAUUUAUCAGCAAAAUAAUUGGAGAUCUCAAGAGCCACUGGCUCAGUUCCUUAAAUGAGUUUUGGAACUUGGAUUUGGAUAUGGAUGCAUUAAUUGCAAAUGCAAAUAUUUUGCACUAUACCCUCCCACUAUCGCUGUGCUUAAACAAUAGAAAGAAAUUAUCCAAAUCCAACACCGAGUUUUCGAUCCAUACCAAUCCUUCAUACCGUCGAUCGGCUAUGCUCUCGUUGUAUGACCAAAACACGCACCAUAAGAUGUUGAUUCUUGAUGAAAACACGAGCCAGGAAGAGAAUCCACAGUUUUCAAUCAAUAACCUUCUUUUACAACAUCAAUCAUCUCGACUUUCAAUAAACAAUAAAGUACAAGAAAUCCAGCAGCAAAAACAACAACAACAGCAGCAACAACAGCAGCAACAGCAACAGCAACAGCAACAGAGAGGGAUGAACAAGUCACCUGCAUUUUCCUCCUCCUUUGCCACAUCAGCAAGAUCGUCUCCGAUUCCACUUACCCCCAUAGCUACAGAUGGCAUCUUAACAACUCCUAUCCAGCAAGCAAGUAGAAGUCGCCGAAUUCUAAGGCAGACUACGAAACAUAACAGAAUGAAUAUCAAGGAUUCGGGGUUGGAUUUAAAAAGAACCAAAAACGUAAUGACUGAGUCAGAAUUGGAAAACGGCGAUCCACUUGCUAAUUUGGAAAAUAGAGUUGAAGCAACAACGCUUGUAGCCGGUGGAUCAAACGAAACAAAGAACAAGGUUUCGGAUGCCAAAUCAAUGUCGUGUCAAGAAAUUGGAUUCUCAACAAGUGGUGAUGUCAAACUACCUCCUGCCAAAGUAUACAGUAUUGUACCUCCAACUCCAGUGAAAAAGAUGGACUAUAAAUUGGUUAAUGACGAUUUACCACUUAUGCAACCGGUUCCAUUUACUCAACCUUCAACGGGCCAGGGCGAUGAAUUUGGCAGAAAGAAAUCUAUUAGAAAGAUUAUGGACACUUGGAAAAGAAGCUUAACCACACAUCAUGACUCUAAUAGUUUGGUGCUUGAAACUAAAAAUUCAAACCACUCGACACAGGCAGCUACUAGUAUUGUUCAAUCACAAAUUAGUAACGAGCGUAAUACUUCCACCGCAUCUGUACUUUCAAUCGGAAAACGUGUUGAUGUAUUGAGUGCACGUAUUAUUGAUGAAUUAGAGUACUUGAUUCGUUACUAUGUUGAUGAAGCGAGGGCAAAUGUUGAUAUAAUCCAUGAAGUUGACAACCAGUAUGGUGAUAGCAUCGGGGGAGACGAAUUUGUUGAUGUUCCUGUAAAGACUCAUUAUCAAGCUCAAGAAGUGUUUGAUGGGGGAGAUUUACCACGUGUUAGGCAACCUAUUACAACAAGACCAAAUAUAAACUAUAAUGGAAACAAUGCAAAUAAUGAAACUGCUGAAACUGCUGAAAGUGGUAAAACUGAUAGAAAUAAAGUGCAGAUUGAACUGGAUGGCUAUAGUAAAAGCACUCAACAUGAGGCAGGCAUUCGAGCUUCGGAAUCAAACGCUUUGAAAAAUAAUUAUCCACUGAAUGAAAAGGAGCUGUUUGUUCAAACUGUAAAAGUUCCACGUAACGUUUCCGCGACAAAUACAAACGCGGGUUUUGUUGUCGAAGAAAUUAAUUUAUCUCAAGGUCAAUCGUUUCAAAAAGCUGCAAGUAUCAACUGGAACGAUGAAGAUGCUGUAGAUUUGGAGGCAUCAACUGAAAAAACAGAGCUUGAGCUCUUGGGAGAUUAUGACCAGUUCAAUUUCUCCUGUUCUUCAGCUACGGGCUACAAUCAGAAGCGUUUGGAAAACACUGAGCAUCGCAUAUUUCCAGAACCCAACUUUUUUCUGGAAUCCAAUCGAUCAUUUGAGACAUCGUCAAUCUCAACGCCAAGUAACAUCACUCAGUAUGAUGCCGAGAUUGCAGAUUUGGGUAUUGCAAUGAGCCCACAACUGGGCAAACCGAAAAGAAUUAGUUUCAACGAUGUUAGAACUAGUUCCGUUGUAGUGCAGAAUCGAAGAAUCUCGAUGUUGUCGAGAAACUCAGCAGCAUCAGCAUCAGCAUCAGCAGGCCUUCAAAGGAUGUCUAUGAAAUCCUAUUUGAGUUAUGACUCAGCAUUCUCAAUGACAAACGAUAGCAACUCGAUGCAGCACCAGGGUGAAGGGUUUGGAUUGCGAAAAAAAAUUGGAUUCAAUAAUCUUCGUGCUGGUACCAAUGGUACCGAUGGUACUACUGGUGCAGAUGGUGCCCAUGAGAUAAAUGAGGUAGAUGACAGAUUUGAAGACUGCAUUGAAAAUGAAUUGGCUCAUGAAUUUGAGAACGAGUUAGAGCCAGCAAUUAUGGUGAGGUCUCUUUCUCGUAUUUCUAGACAUACUUCAAAAAGCUCCAGAAGAAGUGUUCGGUUUAGUACAUUAUGCGCAUUAACGGAAUUACCCUUUAAUGAGGUUGAAAAGCCUCUUUCGAGCUUGAAUUCAAACAGACUGUAUUUUCGUGAGUCUACGGCAGACAAUGCCAAUAAUUCCAUAAUUUCAAUGUCUGGAAGAAGCAGGAGUAGAAGUAGGAGCUCGCAUUGUAAUACAAACCGCGAAAUGGCAACGCAAAGUACAGUGAUGACCAGUUCUUCUUCAAACUCUGUUGCCAUACCAGGUAUCAGCAAUUACGCACUAAAAGAGUUGGCCGCAAUACCGGAUGAAACAAUGCAAUCUACAGAUGAUCCAGUUGAGUAUGCUUUGCACAAGUUGGAAGGAAGUAAUACUGCAUCACGGCUGACUUUAAAAAAAGCAGAUUGUGAAUAUGAAGACGAAAAGGGAAUUACUCAUCAUGAGUAUGCUAAUGAGACAUAUGGCGAUGAUACUGAAGCCAUUUUAGAUGAAAUCAGAAACGCACACACUGAGGAUGCAAUCAAUAUAACCACUUUUGAUGUUACUGACGAAGCACCAUUGACACCUAUUAGGACGCGCGAUGGUGCAGGUGUCAACAAGAAAUAUCAUAAAAAGAACAAUAAGAAUAGAGAUCGUGGUGAUGGCAAUGACCAAGAGGAGAAGGAGGAUGAUUACGAUGAUGAAGAAGAAGAAGAAGAUUUCAUUCCACUUGAUAGGUCUUCAACACCACAUAUCGAUGCACAAAUUGACUUAUUCUCCUUUGAGCAACCAAUCUUGAUGGAUGCAGGUUCUCCGCCAUUAAGUGGAUACCAAUCUAGUGGCUACCAAUCACCAAAGAUUAUUUUGGAUAAUUAUGCGCCAUCGAAUGACUUGUUUUCCGUUGAAAAUAUCAUGAAUGAGAACUCGCAUGUAUCGUUUGUUUUGUCUGCCGAUUCCAAGUCCUUAGCUAACCAUUUCACGCUUAUCGAAAAAGAUAUGUUGAUGGAGAUUGAUUGGAAAGAUUUGAUUGAACUUAAAUGGAAUAAAGAAUUGACUCCAGUGAAUAGUUGGUUGGAGAUUAUUGUCAAUGACGACUAUUAUAUGAAGAACAAAGGUGUCAAUUUGGUCAUUGCGAGGUUUAAUUUGAUGGUUAACUGGAUCAUAUCAGAGAUUAUUCUUACGCAGAGCCAAACUGAGAGAAUCAAUAUCAUCUCAAGGUUUAUCCAUAUUGCGCAAAACUGUUUAAUAUUGCAAAACUUUACAACAUUGAUGCAAAUUAUUUUGGCAUUGACCUCACAGCGAAUUCAGAAUUUGAGAAACACAUGGAGAAACUUGCCACCUGGUGAUAUUUUGAUGUUAAAGACUCUUGAAGAGCUUGCAUCGCCAUUGAAGAAUUUCAUCAAUAUUAGAUUGUGCAUCAAUCAGAUUACUCCCUCUAAAGGUUGCAUUCCUUUUGUUGGGUUGUACUUGUCCGAUUUGACCUUUAAUGCUGAACGGCCAAGUACAAUAAAGAGGAAAGAUAAGGAAGCAAAGGAUAAAGUAAAGGACAACCAAACCAAAAAGGAAAAAUCUGUGCUGUCUCUGGAGGACAAAAGCUUUGUUGAUGAUGAUGAAAUGAUCAAUUUCUCCAAGUUCAGGACCGCAGUGCAUAUUGUCAAGUCGUUAUCGCAGUGCAUCGAAUGGUCCAGCAACUAUAAUAUAGAGGUCCAACCAGAGCUUUUGUCCAAGUGCCUUUAUAUAAAAUCAUUAGACGAGGAUGAGAUGAAUUAUUGUGUCCUGCGCAUCCAAAAUACCCAGGAAGAAAAGACAAAUUAA